UUCCCGCCACCGCCACCUCUUCAUCUUCCUCCUGGCCGGCAAGCAACCAGAGCUCCCCCUCCCCGAGGUUCGCACCCCGCACAAGCCACACCACCAGAGCCAAGGCAAGCCAAACCGAACUGCCGAUCGCCGCAGGAUCGCUUUCGUCUCCCCGCAAAGCCAUCCUUUAACUCCCGCCCGCCCGUGUCACCAUCUCCUCCCGCGUUGCCUUCCUUUAAAACCAUGCGAUCCUCCCGCUCCAUGCAUCCCGGCGACUUUCCUUCCCAAGACCUCGCCAGCACUCCGCCUAGCGGGACGAUCAAGCCACCCCACCCACCGUGUACGCGACGAUGAUGCCCGUGUACGGCGGCGGCGGCGGCGUGGUGCGGCAGCGGACGUGCCGCAUGUACUGGUGCUACGAGUGCGCGCGGGCGCUCCGCAUAAUCUCCUACCCGGCCACCGACGUCUUCUGCCCGCGCUGCUACGGCCGCUUCCUCCACGAGAUCGACCCGCCACCGCGCCCGGCGCUCCCGCCGCCGGGCUUCUUCCCGCACCACUUCGCGCCGCACCCUACGCACUACCACGACGGGAACCCGCGCCGGUGGGUCGUGUACGGCGCUGGGCCCUCGGUGCCCGGCCGCGCGCUCCGCCAGCUGCCCCCGCCGGUGCGGGAGCCGACGCGGGUCCACGCGCCGGCCCCGGCGCCCCCGCCUCGCCGGCGCGUGCCCUCCCCGCCGCCGGCGCCGGUGGCCACGCCCCCGGCCAUCGACCCGGGGGACUACUUCACGGGGGGCGACCUGAACCGCCUCGUGGAGGAGCUGACCCAGAACGACCGGCCGGGCCCCGCGCCGGCGCCCACGUCGGCCAUCGACUCGCUCCCGACGGUGCGGAUCGCCGCGCAGCACCUGUCGGACGACGGCGGCGGGUCACAGUGCCCCGUGUGCAAGGAGGAGUUUGAGCUCGGGGAGGCCGCGCGGCAGCUGCCGUGCAAGCACGUGUACCACUCCGACUGCAUCGUGCCCUGGCUCCGCCUCCACAACUCGUGCCCCGUCUGCCGCUUCAAGCUGCCCGGCGGCGCCGCCCCCAGCACGCGUCGCGCCAGCGGCAGCAAUGGCGGCGGCGGUGCAAGAAACAGAGACAGGGAGAGGGAGCCGGCGACGAUGGUGAGGUGGGGGCCGUUGUCGUGGAUGGUGCCGGCGCGCGGGACGGAGGACCCGGACGACGGGUGGGAGUACGGGCGGCGCCGGCACGGCAGGCCCGAGGAUGGCGACGCCGGCGCUUUCUACGCGUGGUGGCGCUCCCUGUUUCUUCUCUAGCCGUUUCCAGCUGGGAUGCCAGCCACUACCCCAAAGACAACCUGAACGUGUUUGCUCAGUUAAGUCAUCUGAAUUCUGAUCGUUGCCGUGCUUGCAAAACAUCAGAAAACUGCCGCACAUACACGCUUACUGACUUAACAUUUUAAUGGCUGAUAAUGGCAGGUAAAGCAUGACGGACCCCUGUAAAUAUUCCCGGAGUUCAACAGCAAUGGUGGAUAUGUACUGGAGAUGCAGGGGACACUGGAAAUUAAUAUGGAAAUGAAAUAGGAGAUGUAAUUGUGCAAAGAACGGCCAAAAUGUAAUUGUGCCACUCACAAUGUCAACUAUACAGAGAGUUAUAAUUUUCAUUUUUAGGUCAGUUGAGGAGAUUUAUCUUGCGGCUAAAACAAUCAGCACAGUAAUCUCGAAGCAAAACGUGAAAGCACUUGAGCAAAUCCCCAAAAGCAAUCACAAAGGUGAUACUUUCAAUGGAAUCAUUCAACAUAAUAAGUAUUAUAUGGUAUGAUUUGAUUUUACACCAAGGGGCAUACAAAAAUUGACUGAAUCAACUCACUGUCUCCUAUAUCAAAUUAACCGACUAUUUCCGGGAGGGCAUCCCACCUAAACCUGACUUGAGCAUGGUAUCGAAGCCAGCAUGAAAUCCUGCAGUGUAUGCCAUGUUUUUGAACAUAUUC